CAAUGGGUAAAUCUAAUAGUAAACUUAGUGAAGACCAAUUAAGAGAGUUACAACGGUGCACUAAAUUUAACAAAAACGAACUUCAACAAUGGUAUAAAGGUUUCUUAAAAGACUGUCCUUCUGGAGAACUUGAUAAAACAGAAUUUCAAAAGAUAUAUAAACAAUUCUUUCCCUUUGGCGAUCCUUCGAAAUUCGCUGAAUACGUAUUCGAU